UGACCUGGGGAGACGUCUAGGUGGUCCUAUCACAGAGCAUGGCGAGCAGUACCGUUGUUGGAUGACCAAAGUUGUGUCCAUGAUCAUUAAUCUAGUACAGCUUGCGCGAUGUUCCCAGCUCGGCAGCAUGUGCUGUGUUGAGAUGUGGAGCAUUUUAUAGAUCUGGGGGUGUACAGGGCUGAGGGGGAUCAGAUGCCAGCCAAUGGCGUCAUAGCAGCAGCCGUCCUCGUCGGCUGCACGCUCGCGCCGCACAGCAUACCAACGUCCACAACCAUUGCAACUCUACCACAACCUCGUCAUGGCUGGCACACGAAGAUCUACGCGUCAAACGGUGGCAGCAGCACCGAAGUACAACGAAGAUGAUGAUUCAUCCACAGCAGAAGUACAAUCCAAGCGCAGCGCCAAAAAGACGACGCGUCGCAAGCGCGAUCGUGAAGAUGAAGACGCAGACGAAGAAAUAGCAGACAACAGCCCUCUGCCGCCUAAGAAAGCCGCCACGGCCAAAGCCAAGGCUUCAAAAGCGAAACCAAGUCCAGACACAUCCGCGCCAAAAUCCAAGACCAACCCUCCACCCGCCCCUUCCUCACCCACAAACCGCGACGCGAACGGCGCUCAAGAAGUCUACUGGCUCCUGAAAGCCGAGCCUCUCCCCCGCUACGAGAACGGCGUAAACGUCGCCUUCUCCAUCUCUGACCUGCGCGCCUGCACAGAACCGGAGCCUUGGGGCGGCGUUCGCAAUCCCCAAGCACGCAACAACAUGCAAGCCAUGCGCAAAGGCGACCUAGGCUUCUUCUACCACUCCAAUGCCAAGCCCUCUGGUAUUGUAGGCAUACUGCGUGUAGUUGAAGAAGCCAAAGUUGACGAGACGGCAUUUGAUCCCAAGGAUCCUUAUUAUGAUAAGAAGAGCGUCAGGGAGAAUCCUAAGUGGUACUGUGUGGGCGUCGAGUUUGUGAGAGAGUUCGAUGACAUUGUAGAUUUGGCGAGAAUAAAAGAGUAUGCAAAGGAGGGGCCAUUGAGGGAUAUGCAGCUCGUUACAAAUUCUAGAUUGAGUGUGAAUAGGGUGAGGAAGGAAGAGUGGGAGUUUAUAAUGGAGUUGGUUGAUGGGGCGAACAAGAACGAUAAGACCGAGUAGGAAGAUAGCGGUUGAGGAAGUGUGAUUACUCUGAGGUUGGAUUCAAGAUACCCCUUGUGCCGUUACUCCUAAACGCUAUUU